AUGUUAAAGAAUCUAUAAAAAGACUUACAGCUAUUAUCUAUAUAGAAUCAAAAUUAAGGAGUUUAAAACUAAAUAAAGGGUUUUUUUAUAGAAAGUUUAAAUUCAUAGAAUCUGCUUCAUAAAGUUAGACCUGAGGUAUUUAAUCAAAUUUUACAAUUUGUUGAAUUUAAAAGUUACUUAGGUUUUAGAUUAGCAGCCAAAGAGCCAAUUAAACUAUAAUUCAAAUGA